UGGUUGGGAAGAAAAAAGCACUUGGCGCUUUUCUUCAGUUGUUCUUGGCGCCUUUAUACGUCAGGUGCAUUCACAAUGAAGACUAUGCUAUUAUUUGUCAACUAUUCUUGUAAUCUUUUAAAGUGCAAGGGAAUUUCUUGUUCGUUUAAAGUCAAAUUUGCAAAGUUCCGCUGUUUGCCCGCUUUGUCGCAUUUUCUACAACGUGCAAGGCAUAGAGGUAUAUACAAGUUUCAGGACUCUUUCGGAAAACAAAGAUGGCACAUGGAGCAAGUGGUGCCUUUUGUAACUUAUAAUAACUCUGCAGAGUCCAAGACAAGUACAGUGACGCAAGACGGAAAGUUGUCAGAAAGUUUGCGAUCAGAUUAUCGUAAUUGUGACUUGCGUCAUAGGGGAAGAACCGGAAUUCUGCUUAUGAAUACAGGAUCUCCGGCUUCUUUGGAUGUUUCUGAUGUUAGAGAAUAUCUCAGAAAGUUUUUAAGUGAUGGAAGAGUAGUCGACCUUCAUCCCGUUUUAAGGUUUCUAGUUCUCAAUUUGUUCAUAUUGAGAACGCGCCCAAAAGAGUCUGCAGCUGCAUAUUCAAAUAUUUGGGAUAGUGAAAGAGGUUCUCCGUUGAUUUAUCAUUGUCAGGAUAUGGCCAAGUGCUUACAAGAAAAACUGGGAGAGGAAUACUAUGAUAUUCGAGUUGCUAUGCAGUUUAGUGAUCCAUCAAUUCCUGAAGCACUUGUUCAUUUUCGUCAGAGAGGAAUAGACAGAAUUGUAUUAUUACCUCUCUUUCCUCAAUAUGCUUCUUCCUCGACAGGGUCUUGUAUAGAGAUAGCUUAUCGUGAAGCCUCGAAAAUAUAUGCGACUCCCUAUCUUCAUGUUGUUCCAGCAUUUUAUGAUCAUGACGCGUAUGUUUCUGCUUAUGCUCAAAUGAUUCGAAAACAUUUGGGAGAGAAUUUAGAAAAGUGCGACCAUUUGUUGAUCAGUUUUCAUGGUGUUCCUGAAAAGCAUUGCAUGAGAACGGAUGAGACGAGCAUUCAUUGUCUACAAUUUGAAGAAUGUUGUGGACGUAUUACUCAAGCCAAUCGCAACUGCUAUCGGGCACAAUCUUUUGAAACGGCUAGAUUAUUAUCCAAGAAACUUGGAUUAUCUGAAGGAAACUACACUGUUGCAUUCCAGAGUAGACUUGCUGCUGCUGGAAUUGAAUGGAUAAAGCCAUAUACAGACCAAGUUUUGGUUGCUUUGGGUCAGCGUGGAAUCAAACGCCUUGGAGUAGUAGUUCCAUCCUUUAUUGCCGAUUGUUUGGAGACUUUGGAAGAAAUUGGUAUUCGAGGUAAAGAAACUUUCUUAGAAGCAGGAGGAGAAGAAUUUUUUCUCGUGCCAUGUUUGAAUUCCUCGCCAGUUUGGGCUGAAGCUUUGAUCAAAAUACUAAAGGACUCGUGUCCUUGGGAGCAGCAGUUGAAGGGAUUUUCAUCUCAUUGAGAAAAUAUGCCAAGUUUUACAAUUUUUCUCUUAACGGAUAAAGAAAUAUUUUUAAUA